AUGGUUAUUUAUUUGUUUAAAAAAAAAUUUUUAUUUAAAAUGAUUGUUAUAUCAUUGAAGAGAUUGUUGCGAAAAUGUCCAAUAAACUUGACAAGAAAUUUGCCAUGGAAACAGUGGGCUAUUUUUCUGGCUCACGUAUUUUUAUAUUUGAUUGUUUAUUGGCUUUAUGGAGGAAUUUUUACAUUGUUUUUUAUAUUCUCCAUUGAAGCUACAGAACUUUUAUACAAGUUAGAAGACGUGUUUGUUUAUCAUCCAGUAAUACCCACACAUUCACGUAUCUAUGUACCAUCACCGUCGAUGUUUAGUCUGCCAUAUCAGACAAUUUAUAUACAUUCUAAGGAUGUAUUAGAAUAUCGUGGAUAUGGUUUUUCACAAGGCACACCUACGGAAUCUGGUCUUUACAUGGAUGCUCAAGCUGGUCUAGAUUAUUUAUUAAGCCGUAAUGAUAUUAAUACCAAUGAAAUUAUUGUGUUUGGUAGAUCACUGGGAGGAGCAGUAGCUAUCGACUUGGCUGCUAAUUAUAAUAAACAAAGAAUUUGGUGCCUUAUAUUAGAGAACACAUUUACAAGUAUUCCGGAGAUGGCCUCUGUUUUAAUUGGAUAUAAAAUAAUAAAAUAUUUACCACUUAUUUGUUACAAAAACAAAUUUACGUCAACGGACAAAGUUACGUCUUUAAAUGUGCCAACAUUAUUUAUAUCCGGUCUUGCGGAUACUCUGGUACCGCCACACAUGAUGACUGAACUUUACAACAAAUGUAAAUGUAAUUACAAAAAAUUAUUGACUAUUGAAGGUGGUACGCACAAUGAAACGUGGGUUCAAACAGAUUAUUAUAAACAUUUAGUUGAAUUUAUAAGCCAACUCAGAGAAAAACCGCGUACGUUUGACAACAAUAGCUGUCAUUAUUUCAUGGAUGAUAUUUAA